AUGAGCAAGCCUACUUCCAACCUUCCUCCCUUCGCUUCCUCGUCGACGGAACAAUCAGCUGCUGUUACCGAAUUAGCGCCACUUAUUCAAGAGCUCAAAGCUAUCUGCGAUAAUUGCGACAAGCAGACGUUUGCCUCGCAGCAAUUUCUUACCGCGACUGAAUCUUUGCUACGCCUGCGUCAUACCUUCCUUGAUAAUGAUCGUCCAAGAGAAGCCCAGGAGGCCUUUCGACAUCUUAAUGGCUUCGAGACGUUACUGCAGCUCGUGAAGAAGCUCUCGCAUUUGUACGAGCCGACAGAGUUAUCCGCCGAAGAGAGAAGAUCUCUCUUGACCCUCUAUAAAGAUGCUCUAGCCGUCCUGGCUGAGAGCUUGAAGGGGAAUUUCGGGAAUAGACGUUAUUUUGCGAGACGGAUAUCUGGCGGAGGUACAGCAGCUCUGCAGGAAGCACUGGACAUAAUAGUCCCGAAAUUGAGCAGCGCUCAGGGUGACACGGAACAAUUUUAUGGUGGCAUCCUGGCCGCGGCUCUCUGUCAGGAAGCGGUUGCUGAUAUCUUUACCACACUCAACGCGAAGUUUCAGCCAGUCCAGGAAUUGCUUCAGCAGGAUGUUAAGGCGGAAGUUGAUCGACGCAUGGGGAGCUCGGAGACCGUCGAGGUGCCGGAACUUUUGGGGCCGUUUCUGAAAGGGUGGUUGAAGCAAUCGGGGUCUUCUCCUUCCGACUACAGAGUUCAGAGGCUAGUUUUGCCCGCCUGUCUGUGUCAGUUGGCUCACCAGUCUCAAAGAAAUCUGACAGCGCUACACGCCACUGGGAUAUUAAGCUCAAUACUGCCUAUUCUGUUCGGAAGUGACCGCCUAGAAUCAGAGAGAAUAAUUUACCAGGACAUGGCUCAACUUCUUUGUGCUCAAGGAUUAACUAGUCUGGAGGAUGCGGCUACCUUGUAUCGACAAGCCCAUGGUUGUGCAAGAAUACUACGAUUUCUUGUCGAUGUUCUGAAGUGUUCCAAAGAACCGCCAUUGAUACAGUUCGACCUGUCACUCCAUGGGUAUUCCUCCUUGGAGUUUUCGACCCUGGGUCGACCAUUUCCUCCCGUUACUUCCUCAGGUUAUACUAUUGCAGUGUGGGCCCGAUUUGAUAGAUUCGAUCCAAGUACACACACUACAAUAUUUGGCGCCUUUGACGCGAGUCAAUCAUGUUUUUUACUGGUGUAUCUCGAAAGGGACACUCGCAACUUUAUUUUACAAACUUCAAUCAGAGGAACUCGUCCUAGUGUUCGAUUCAAGUCGAUGGCUUUCGAACCGAACCGUUGGUAUCACAUAUGUGUGGUGCAUAAAAAGCCUAGGCCACCAUCGCAUUCCCGGGCUUCUUUGUUCAUUGACGGCGAAUUUGUCGAGCAGUUAAGGAUUGACUACCCGUGUGUGCCCGUAUCUAAUACUCCUAAUCGAAUGCCACGUGUGCAGGCAUUCUUUGGCACCCCCCAAGAUUUGGCGAUGAAACUCGGAAAGGCUGUCUCCGUAUCGCGCUGGUCCCUGGCGAAUGCAAUCCUCUUUGAGGAAGCCCACAGUGAUGAUAUGGUUGCUGUCUUUUACAACCUAGGCCCUCGAUAUUUUGGCAAUUUCCAAGAUUGCCUGGGCUCUUUUCAGACUUAUAAGGCCUCUGCAACGCUUAACCUGCGAAACGAGCACCUGCACCCUGGCAAGGAGGAAACAUCAGAUAUCGUUACUGCGAUUCGACAAAAAGCAAGCGUUUUGAUCCGUGAGGGGUCGAUCUUAAUUAACAUCUCACCCAUGUCGGUGUUAGAUGAUGACGAUAUUAACAACAUUGAUGAGUCUCAGCUCAUCAAAAGUCUUUCCAGGAAAGCCGUCAAGAAUUUGCAUCUGUUGACGAAAGCGGGAGGCAAUGCAGUAGCUGCCAAUGGCGCCGUUCCCUCGUUGAACGACGCUUUGACGCAGGCCCAUGGUAUGGGUGUUUUGACAGGAGAUCCAGUUGUUUCAGUCCCUCAUUCACUUGACGAUGUCAGUUGGCGCAUCGGAGGUUGUGUGGCGGUCCACUUGAGUCUGGUGCAUGCUGCAAAAACCCCGGAAUGCUUAAGUCUUGCGGUUGAAGCGUUGUACGAAGCUGUACAGGACAAUUGGCGAAACAGUGAAGCAAUGGAAAGGGAAAAUGGGUACGGGAUUCUUGCAGCGAUACUUCGUGAUAAAUUUGGGCUGGGGAAUAGUUCAGCGACAAGUAGGGCUUCUAGCAUCUGCUCCAAUCUCGAGGAACGGUGUGCCUUGGGUCUUGACCUUCUUCGAUUGACUCUCAAAUUCGUUGGAUAUGAUUUCGAGCACCCUAACCGAUCGAUAAUUACAAAUCCCCUGGCCUACAGGGUCUUGCUUGUGGAUCUCGACAUCUGGAGACUAGGGGAUUCCGCUCAACUGAGUUUAUACUACUCUCAAUUCUCCACAUUCGCUGGCGAAAGUAACUAUCGCCGAUUUAAUGCAAAACGUCUUUCUCGCAUGCGCGUCAAUAAAAGGUUACUAGAGGCGCUCAAGGGUGACGAAUUCACCUCUGAAUCCCUAACUCUUCUGGUUUCUGCUUUUCGGUCUCUUCUGGAAAGCUGUCUUUCUGCAGAUCUCUUCCGUUCCUUGGCCCUCUUUAUCACUUAUGCUAUUCAUAAGACCAGAGAACCGAGCAGACUCCAGAAAAAGAAGAGUUUGCGGUUCACCGACGGCUCUCCACAGAUUGCAAGAUCGGCGGAGCAAGGGGACUACGUAUCAAGCACAAAGAUAGCAGUUGAGAUGCUACGGAUGUACUCCUCUGUCCUCUGCGAUUCUCAUGACCUUAUACCACUCAAAAAAUUUGCGCGUUCUGUGACGAACAAGUGGCUUCUGUAUCUCAUUUGUGAGGAUGACCCUGAAAUUGUCGCCCUCGCGACCAAGAUCUUGGCUCGUUUGAUAGUCAUCCACGGCGAUGUCUACAGUAAGAAGUUCUCCGAGAAAACUGGAGGCUAUAUUAUCAUGCGACAUCGUCUGAGAAGCUGGUGGAAGGUACCCGCCAUAUGGUGUAUCUGUCUCAGCAUCCUCCUUGGUCUCGAUGUCGGCGGUAUGAAGCUGGAUCAGCCAUUCAGCCGGACAGGGCUGAUAGAGAUCCUAUCGUCAAAUUCCCAGCCCCGAGUUGCUUUUCCUGAAAUCCUCCCCGUACUCAUGGAAAUGAUGCAAUUGGGCUUACAAAGUGUAAUAUCAGGUGAUGAGUUAUCUUCUGGUGUCCAUGGCAAGUCUCUGCAAAAGUCUGAAGUUCGGCUGGAAUCUCCUCCCGCGUCAUUGACUAUACGGGUGACUGAACUGACAAAGCAAAUAUCUCUCUUGGACGCCGUUGUUGGGUUGUUUGCUGAUUUACAUCAGAACUCUACCGACUUCAGGGACUUUGCUGCGCAGUCAGAUUACGUCCAGUGGUUGCUAUAUGUGACAUUUCCGGUUGUCGUUGGUUCGGACAUUCCAAGCACGGACUUUGAACUCAAGUCUCGUGCUGCUAAAACCAAUUCUCAUGAUCAUACUCUGCCUGUUCGACCGCGUUCAAGUGGAACAGCAGGAUUGCGCACAACAACAGUUGAAGGGUCUAGCAGUCGUGAAAGACAAGCUGGCCCAUUGCGACGCGGAUCAUCUUUCAUCCUCGUCUCGUCAGAUAGAACCAAGUUCUCGCCUUCAUUUGCACGUAUACACAAAGCUUUCAUACCGUUCGGGUCUCCCCCUGACAUGACAGCUACAGACCAUCCUCUUGUGCAAGCAAUUCUAAGCCUAGUUCUAUCCGUGUUCUGCGAUCAAUUGCUGGAGCGAAAGGAUUUUGCUGGACUUGGUUUAUACCUCAAGACGCCGACGAGCACUUUGGAGCAACAAUCUUAUUUCAACUCCUGGAUAUUGCGGAGCCUCCUUACCAGACUGCGAGAUGUUACAAUCUCUAAACCGCAAGUUCUUCUGGAACCGCGAGCGCUUUCUAACAUGGGACGAUUUGCUACCCAUAUUGGAGAAGCAGUAUAUGAGGGCUGGUUCAUUGACGGUGCAACUCAUGCUCUGGAAUUUGCGGGCGCAAUCCUGGAAUAUCUCCAGCAGUCGAAUGUUUCAAGUCUGAAGAGUGUAAGGCUAUGUAGCCAAGCGGUCACAACCAUACGAUCCACUCUGUUCCGUGUUGUUCUGCUUAAAUUAUCAGAAGUGGAUGACAGAGAGGCCUGUGAGUUCUUGAGUCGUUUGAGCUACUGGCAAGUGGUCCUGCUUUCCGAAGGUGAAGUGCAAUCAGAUUAUCUGCGGCUAUUGUGCUACCUCCUCUACACAAAACUGAUCAGCCAAGAUUGGAACGUUCGCCUUGCUGCAGCGGGCUUGUGGAGAGUCAUUCUCGUGCAAAAGCCCGCUGAGAUGUCUGCUAUUUUAAGUCAGGCGGCCAUUCCCUUGCAGAAACGGCUUUCUGAUGGCUUUGAAGCCCUUGUAGGUAUGGAGGACAAAGCUUUUCUACAGUGGGUCGAUGGUCAUCAAGAUGAUCUCAAUGCAAUGUUUCUCGGGUUGCUGUCCAGGUCAUGGGAGACUUUCGUCCAAGAAGAGAGCUCAAAUAUUGACUCUACAACUCGUGCAAGAGCCUCCAAGCGCCAGGAGAAAUUACGACACUGGAAUCAAUUAGAAAGGCUCAGUGAAGAAGUGACACGUAAACAUGAGACAACCUUUCCUCAUUGGGUCUCGAACAUAUCGGCGUCUGAGUUUUUGAAACAUCAACGAGCGCUGCAGGAUCAGCAGGAUAACUCAGUGUUUAUGUGGACCGCAUUCUCUCAUAUGACCAUGGAUCUAAAGCGGUUUGGAGGAGUUCUUGCAGAAGACAAGGAUAGGAAAUGGCGCCUGGACCAGACAGAAGGACGAAGCCGUAUGCGACUUCGCAUGGUUCCAGAUGAGUCAGGAGAGCGUCAAGAUUAUCAACCGAAACGGAAAGCAUCAGAACCCCCCGCUAUCAAAAUCGACACCCAGGUGCAACCAUCAUCCAACGGCAAUACAACAGGCUUGACACCUACGGUCUUGGCCGCAGAAAAUAUGGACGACAAUCAGCAAGAUGCCCACUCGGACAGUAGAAGUGUCCUGGAAGAGAGCUUCGAGAUGAUUGAUGACCCUAAAGCUGAUCUCGAAGACUAUGAAGAUAAAAACAGAAAGGUUAUGCGAAGUCUCCAUCGGGGCGACCAGGUCGAAAAUGUAUGCAAUAUGUCUCGAAUUAUUGGCUUGGAAGCAUGCGAGGGCCUGUUGAUUCUUGGCAAGGAUCACAUUUAUAUCUUGGAUAAUUUCUUUCAAAGGUCCGAUGGUGAGAUAGUAAACGUUUGGCAAGCACCCCCGGAUGAGCGUGAUCCCUACGUCCGCAUGAUUGCCGGCAGAGAGUCCUUUGAGCGUAGGACACAGGAACACGCGACCAGAAGCUGGAAAUGGUCUGAUUUGGUCAGCGUUUCCAAAAGACGAUUCCUUUUCCGUGAUGUCGCUCUCGAGGUCUUCUUCACCGACGGUACCAGCUACCUGCUGACGUUGAUCUCUUCUCGAGCUCGAGAUAAUCUAUGCAGCCAGCUUGCGAGCAAGGCUCCGCAAGUGACCGGUAGUGCUAGCCACUCGCGGCCAGAAGACGUGUGGAGAUUUGAAACCCUUCGAAGCCAGGAGGAUGCGCCGCAGUCCCUCGGCUCCAAAUUUGCCAGUGUCUUUGGUCAUUCGCCUCUGCACCCAGCUACACGGAAAUGGAUCAAGGGCGAAAUAUCCAACUUCCAUUAUCUCAUGCUGAUCAACACGCUCGCCGGAAGGACGUUUAACGAUCUGACACAGUACCCAGUUUUCCCGUGGGUGCUGGCAGAUUAUACAAGCGAGGAAUUGGACUUGACAGACCCCAAAGUUUUUCGUGACUUGUCAAAACCUAUGGGGUGCCAGACACUGGAGCGGGAGGCAGAAUUCAGGGAGCGGUACAAGGCUUUUGCUGAAAUGGGCGACGGGGACGCUCCGCCAUUCCAUUAUGGAACGCACUAUUCGUCGGCGAUGAUUGUCUGCUCGUAUCUCAUUCGCCUGCAGCCUUUCGUAAAGUCGUAUCUCCUCCUCCAGGGUGGGACAUUCGAUCACGCUGACCGUCUCUUCUAUUCCAUUGGAAAAGCGUGGGAAUCGGCCUCCCGUGGCAAUAUGUCUGAUGUCAGAGAAUUGACCCCCGAGUUCUUCUACCUUCCAGAAUUUCUCGUCAACUCCAACAAAUACGACUUCGGUCUUCUUCAGAACAUGACAACAGCUAUCGAUUCGGUGGAAUUGCCGCCGUGGGCUAAGGGCGACCCGAAGAUCUUCAUCGCAAAGCAUCGCGAAGCGCUGGAAAGUUCUUAUGUAACUGAAAACCUGCAUCAUUGGAUUGAUCUCGUUUUUGGCUGUAAGCAGAAAGGAGAGGCUGCAAUUGAGGCGGUCAACGUCUUCCAUCAUCUUUCGUACCAAGGGGCGAAAGAUAUUGAUAACAUCGAUGACCCUGUGGAACGGCUGGCCACAAUUGGUAUCAUACACAACUUUGGCCAGACACCGCACCAAAUUUUCACUCGACCUCACCCUCCGAGAGAAGAUACACGACAUAAAGUUCCACGACUCGACCGCCUAGCUGAAUCGCUUACACAGCUUCCUCUCUCCCUGCUAGAUAUCGGUGAACAGGUUUCGACCUUGUCGAUGAAGAAUGACCGCUUGCUUUGUGCCGCUCCGCUCAGACUGAAUAUUCCCCCCAACUAUGACAAAUAUAUGGAAUGGGGAUUUUUUGAUGGAAGUGUUCGGUUCUACUCUGCGGACAGCCGGAAGAUUCUCGGUCAUUUCGAGCAUUUGCAUAUCGGGCAAUUGUCCUGUACAAUUUUCGCAGACUCUCGAACAUUGGUCACCUCGGGCACAGAUUGUGUUGUAUCGAUAUGGACAUAUAACUCAACUGCUAAAUCGGUAGACUUGCAACCCGCAGGAUCACUUUUUGGACAUCGCAAUCCCGUCAAUGUUCUCGCCGUCUCACGCUCGUUCAGCGCCCUACUUUCUGCCUCUACAGAUGGCCAGAUUAUGCUCUGGGAUCUUAAUCAGCAUACUUUUGUCCGAGAGCUCCCAGCUAGCGGCCCCGUUGACGUAAGUGAUGCCCGCAAAUUGACAAAACGACCCUGCAGUUUUCGACAAAGGUUGACCUCAGCCCAGUGUGCUCGGAUAAAUGAUGUAACGGGAGAGAUUAUGGUUUGCCGUGGAAACCGCAUCAGUAUCUAUACACUGAACGGAGCGCUGUUGCUCGAACAAGACGUGUGUGAAUCGAUUGACGAUCGUGUCAUGUCCUGCGUGUUCUACGAAGGCGUGGAUAACGAGUGGCAAGAACGCGAGCUCAUCUUCACAGGUCAUAGAAAGGGGGUGGUCAAUAUAUGGAACAAGGUUUCUCGGGAUGGUCGUUUUGAGUUGGAACUCAUCCGACAACUCCAUCACAUUGACAACAAUCGAGACAAUGGAGCCAAUAUCUCGGCAGGGAUCAGCUGCAUUUUGACCCUUCCUCACGUGGUGUAUACAGGCGAUGAAGCUGGAAGAGUGUACGAGUGGAAUUGCGUCCAACGCCGUUGA